AUGCCCGGUGACAUACUGUAUGGUAAUAAAUAUAAGUACAUUUUGUCGGGAAUCGAUGCUGCUUCCAGAUACAAGGUAGCCCGACCUUUGAGGACUAAGAAAGCCAAAGAGGUUGCCGCUAUGAUUGAGGACAUCUACAAGGCAGGACCAUUAACUUAUCCGAAAACUUUCCAAUGUGAUAACGGCUCAGAAUUCAAGGCAGAUGUAUCAAAGCUGUUGGAGAAGCAUAAGGUUGAAAUUAAAAGAGCGACUACAAAAUAUAAGCAUACACACACAGCUUUUGUUGAGGCGUUGAACAAGAUACUUGCCGAAAAUUUAUUCAAAAUACAAGAUGCCCAAGAACUGAAUGAUUCGGAAAAGGUAUCAUCUACAUGGGUUAAGCAUCUGUAUAAACUGAUUGAUAGGCUAAACGAUACAAAGACGCAGAUGAUUGAUAUGAAGCCAAAAGAUGCUAUUAUAAUGAAAGAGGUGCCUUUGGUUAAUCAAGAGAGCUAUCCACCUGAAGUAGAAUUACCUAAAGAUGGCUUGUAUAGAUAUCUACUACAACCUGGUGAAGAGCAUGAUGAUGGGCGGAGACGGGCAACCGAUAGAAUAUGGUCGAAAAACACAUAUAGAUUGCGUGAGGUAAUAGCGCAACCUGGUAACCGUGUAAUGUACUAUGUUCAAGACGGACCUGGACGGGCUUUUGUAAAAGAGGAAUUGAUGUUAAUACCCGAAGAUACAGAAUUACCUCCUGAUUAUGUGCAAGGUUGGUGAAAAAGGGGGCGAUAUCUUUACCAGAAACAGGUAAAGAUGAUGCCGGGGAUCGCGCGGGUCGGCAGAUAGGGCCGCUAUGGCUCAGUCUUGGGUGACGAUCGCGCCACAUAAUGUCACAAACCGCCUUACAUAUUAAUUUUUAUCGUACCACACGAAAUAUGCGAGCGGUGUACAUGCACACAUCACUAACCUUGAUUUACGGUCCUUCUGAGGCUUUGAACCUGGUCCAUUAGACUUUUUUCAAACUGGUUGCGAGUUUCGCUCUCCAUCUUUCUGUCGGUUUUCGUCAUCUUGUCCAGAGCUUCGUAGUAUAUACCGCUUAGGGUUUGAAAUUCAAUGUGACUAAUGUCGUCAUUAUUCAGAGCCCGCGAGACGGAGUUUUCAAACACGGCGAUGGCGGACGUCGCAACAUCAUAUAAUUUCAUGACCUUGUCAAGUUUGCUCCGAUAUCUUUUAAUCAGGGCCAUGACGGAGCCCGUGAAAAUGAUGACGAAAACCGACAGAAAGAUGGAGAGCGAAACUCGCAACCAGUUUGAAAAAAGUCUAAUGGACCAGGUUCAAAGCCUCAGAAGGACCGUAAAUCAAGGUUAGUGAUGUGUGCAUGUACACCGCUCGCAUAUUUCGUGUGGUACGA